GACAGGAGAGCGAGAGAGCAGACGCUCCUUCUGCAGGUAAAGAUCUCUCUCUCUCUCUCUCUCUCUCUCUGAAGAUCUCCUCCUGGCAUCAUCUCACAUCAUCUACUGAACCUCAACAUCAAGGUCCAGCAGCUAGUGGUAGAUUUCUGCUCUCCAUCAUCUCACACUCCUCACACUCCUCCACCGUGUAUCAGGAUGAAGCUCCUCGCUCUGGUGCUCCUGCUCGCCACUUUCUCCUCACCGAUCCUGACGGAGGUGGUGGAGGCUUUUAACAAGAAUACGUGUUCUGAUUCCUUCAUCCACAUAAAAAAGGACAUCAUCACCCCGACAAUUUUCAAAGGGUAUCAGUAUAAAAAGAUUUGCCAGCGCUGGGCAAACGCAUACAGAUUUGCUACACUCUAUGACACUCAACAGAGGAUCCCAGUCUACUCAGCCUACAGAUUCACUGGUCAGCAGGACACCAUCCGAAACGAAGAGUGGAAAAAUGAGCCCGAGCUGGAAAACAUUAAGAGUCCAGAGAUGACUGUGAUCUCUCCUGCUGAGAUGGACAAGUUCUUUCACCAGGCUGUGAACAGAGAUUAUGCAGAGAGCCAGAGAACUACUGGAACUGAAUAUACUCGAGGUCACGUGUUUCCACGUCAGUAUGCUACUAAUCAGGAUCAGGCAGAUUCCACCUUCGCGUUUACUAACGUAGCACCACAAACACAACACAGCAAUGGUGAAUGGGCAGAAAGAGUAGAGACACCAAUGAUGAGAGUGAUAAACCAACAGUGCAGACCAGAUAACAAUAACCCCACUUAUAUCGUGACUGGGGUGGUUCCAGGGAAUAAAUGGAUCCCCAUAACAAGAGAAGUAAAAGAAAAACGUGAAACAAUUCAAAAUGGCGUUAACAUUCCCAGCUAUUACUGGACUGCUUUCUGUUGUCACAACCAUCAGAAUGAAAGAAUUUCAAUGGCCUACCUCACUCUACAAAAUGAACCAAAUGAAAGAACUUUUGAAUUCAGUCAGAUGAGUGUUAAUAGGUUGAACAUACAGCUCACCAGGCUGUACAAACAAGAAUUCAGUGUUUUUGGCACAUUGUGCUUGAAUUAAUACCAUCCAAGCUCAUUCCCUCUGAUUCUCGAGUCAGACCUAAAACUGCUUCAUCCACUUACUUCUUCAAAAAGAAAAAAAAACUCACUCUCUUUUUGAUUUAAUUCACUUGCAGCAAUGCAUUUAUUAUGCUUUGGGAAUAGAAGGUUUCUUUAAUGAUAAGCAACUUUAAAACAAUGACCAAAUGCGAGGUACAAGGAACGAGACCGUCAAUGACAGCGUAGCUCACUCUGGUCCCGUCUCAUCCAGAAGGAACGAUCUAAAGUGGGCCACCUUGCACAAUAAAUGCUGUGAGCUAUAUACACUAUAUACAAGCUAUAUAUAGAAGUGAUAUCCACCCUAGGAAUACCGACCUAUUUACCAGAAAGAAUCCAAAACAACGAGGAAUUGACCGAGAAAAAGCAAUUUUUGUUGAACUGCUCAUUAAGGCUUAAUUAGUUCAUAACUUCAUUAAUAAUUGUAAUGAAGCAAAUCUGGGUAGAAGUUAUAUGUACCAUAGGUUCCCCUACCUUCAUGCCAGAAAGAAUCAAAAUCGGUGAAGAUUGAGGGAGAAGAAGUGAUUUUCGUGAAACGUGGACGACAACGGACAACACAUAAUGGAAUAAAAUCAUCACUUGUCAGCCGGAUGAGCUAAUAACACACUUUAUUCUAUCCCUAUUCACUGGAUAUGAGCAAUCCCACACUCUGAUUGGCUCCUCUAUUACUAGGAUAUCCGCUCAUAUACUGUGAGUAGAGAAAAACAAAAUGGCGGCGCGUGUUACUGAACCAACCAAGGACGAAAUAAAAACUCUACUCGAAAACAAAACCCCAAAAUAUACAAAAAAGAAGCAACAAAAUAUAGAAUGAAAGUAUUUGAUGGUAAGAACAUAUCUGCUUUUUAUUUUUCCAAGAAUUAUUAUCACAUUUUUCACAAAUCGCUCCUGUCAUUUCACUGGUUUGUUUACCUUCUAAGCGGAAAUUAUUUUGUUGGACGUUUUGUAUAAAGUUUUUAUUUAUUGGGUUUGCAAAAAAAAAAAAUGCUCUGUUUCUCAAAAUCCAGCGAAUGUGGAUAGAAUAAAACAGUUAUUCCACUUGGUGCUACGUGCCUCAUCGCCUAUCAGCUCAUGUACAACUCGAUUUUGUGGAAUAACUGUGAAGUGUCUGUGAUGGAGUUACUGUUCCCACCAAAGUUGAUUAAUUUCUCAUAAUAACACGUCCCCACAGUGUUUCAUUCUUCUCGUACCUCAGCACGCUGCCAACGAUUACAUUUUCACAUGAUACUUUUCAUCCACUUAUCAUUACAUUUAAUAUUAUGAAAUAUCCAUUAAACAUGUUCUAUGACAGUCAUAAUAUUCUUUUCUGUAGUUCUGCAAAAUAAUAAAUCUCUCGCUGUUCAUCAUCCUGCAGAUCUUUAAUAAAACUUCACUGUUUGCUGUGAAACUGGUCAA